ACCUGCCACCGUAGCGAAGCGGCGCUGUUUGCAUUCGUCCGAUCGCAUCCCUGGCGUCCAUUUUCGCCGAAUCUUUUUUAUCCGACUUUCGCCUAAUUUUCAGCCGAUAAAUCGCCAUGGCCGAUCAGGACUACGACGCCAGCGGUAACGGAGAUUUCCAGGAGGACAUGGGUGGUGAAUGCGACAACCUGGAGAGCGAGGAUGCCCUGCUGAACGGCGCCGAAAACGGCGGCGGCGAAACCCAAUUGCAACAGCAAGGCGAGUCGUCCGGCUCGGGCAGGGAUGACGACAGAAAACUGUUUGUCGGAGGUCUCAGUUGGGAAACCACUGAUAAGGAACUCCGAGAGCACUUUUCCAAGUUUGGUGACAUCGAGAGCAUCAAUGUGAAGACUGACCCCAACACCGGCCGCUCAAGGGGAUUUGCGUUUAUCGUCUUUGGCACUGCAGAAGGGCUCGAGAAGGCCCUUAACGCUGGUGACCACGUAAUCAACAACAAGAAGGUUGACCCCAAGAAGGCCAAGGCCAGACAUGGCAAGAUUUUUGUCGGUGGUCUGCCCACCGAGCUCAGUGAUGAGGACAUCAAGAGCUUCUUCUCUGCCUUCGGAACCAUAAUGGAGGUUGAGAUGCCCUUCGACAAAAUUAAGAACCAGCGCAAGGGAUUCUGCUUCAUCACUUUUGAGUCUGAUCAGGUCGUUCAGGAGCUGCUCAAAACGCCCAAACAGACCAUUAAUGGAAAGGAGGUUGAUGUGAAGAAGGCCACUCCUAGACCAGAGAACAUGGGUGGUAUGCGAGGCGGCCGUGGUGGAAGGGGUGGUCCACGAGGUGGAAGAGGCGGCCGAGGAGGUCGUGGCCGUGGAGGCGGUGGUUUCGGAGGCAGCCAGAAUAACUACAAUAAUGGCUGGAGCUACGGCGAGGGAAAUGACGGCGGAUAUGGAGGUGGAUACGACUACUAUGGAAGCGGUUACGGCAACUACGGUGGAUAUGGCGGCGGAUACGACUAUACUGGAUACAAUUACGGCAACUACGACUACGGCUAUGGCAAUAAUUAUGAUGGAGGUUAUGGACGCGGUGGCCCCCGUGGUAAAGAACAAUCUUAACUCAGCACAACACCGCAGCACUCACCCCUUCACCCUCAAACUCAAGUCAUGAAUCACAAGAACGAAUCAAUCCAGCUCAUUCGGCCGAAUCGGACAUUGCCGAGUUCGCGGUUUGGCUGUCGACUUUUACUGCAGCAAGUUUCCGUCGCCAUUCCAGAUAGAUGAAAUAAUGAUGUAUUUAUUGUCCGGUGAAGUGCAUGGUUUUAAGAAAAUCACAGAGACAAGUUAACUGAUCAUCGUGAAAGUGAGUGAAAAAUAUCUUCCUUUCAUCUUGUCGGCCAACACGUGAUUUUGAUUUGGCCAUCUCAGUUAUUUAAAUGAUUAUUAAUUAAUGUACAUGAAUUAAUAAUUAUGUAUACAACACUUUGUAAGGCUUUAGUAUUAAGUCAUGUCUCGCUUAAUUCUAGUGCAUCCAUUCAUUCUUUGUAAUAUAAGUGUUUGGAAUGUUCGACAGAUUUUAACGCCAACAUUACAGUCGAAACGCAACUGUACGUUCUACAAAAAAAAAAAUUAAAAUCCUUUGUAAAAAAAAAUUAAAAU